UAAAUACACACAAACACAAAUACACAAUAGAUUCUUGAAAUAGCUAAAAUAGAAAAAUACAUUAGUUUGACUAUGUCUACAAAAUCUCCGUUUUCUUUUAUGAACGUCAGAAGUUUGGCCGUGUUGCUUCAGCAGUACUAUCGGGUAAGCCGCGGUGGAGUAACUGUUCCGUCAAAUUUACCGUCUGGCCGUCCUAAUCAUUACAUGAACCCGGGAUUAAGGCUGUUCGGUAAUAGCACCGAAGAUUCUAGUUCAAAUCCCAAACCUGAACCGCUGAAGAAUGAUUCUGGCAAGAUAGUAGUAAAUGACACGGCAUCAUAUUCUAAAAUUUUAACUUGGGCAAAAUGGAUCAUGGGGUCCAUGUUGACAGUAAUUUUCCCAUUUUUCAAGUGCAAGGUAAACGACAUCCAAAAGAUAGAAGGAGAGGUGGAAGGAGUGGUACAGGACGUGGAGGAGGUGGCAGAGGUGGUGGAAAAGGUGGCAACCACCGUAGAGUAUGUCACGGGAGUGGUGGCAGAUAAGAUUCCGGCGAAUUCGAAUCUAAAAGAAGCAGUUGAGGUUGUAGAACAUGCAUCUGCCAAAGUUGCCGAGGAUGCACAUUCCAUAACUACUUUCAUCCAUAAGGUGGAAGUUGUGAAGGAAGACCUAAAGAAUUUGGAGAUGAUCGAGCCAGCUCGUUUACGAGAAAAGAUCAACGAGGAGUUUGUCGACGACAAAUUGAAAAAGGAAGUGGCAGUUACACCAAGUGGACUAUAAUAGUAAAAACUGAUUAAUUACCCUAUGUAAACACUAUAUUUUUCACGUACUACAUAAUUGUACCAAGUAAAUAAUACUACUUAUUUCAUAACAUUUUAUUCAUGGUUUUUAUAAUAAAUAACUCCUUAUAAGUUAUAAACACGAG